UGUCACGUGACCAGAGCAGGAAGCUGUUGACUGUGCAGGGUAGUACAUGCCACCCCGGGACAGGUGUUUGGACAGUUAGGACCAGAGUAUGUUGGUGUGUUUGGUCCUGCUCCUGGUCACCUUGUGUGCCCAGGGAGGAAGUGGGGAGGAUGCACAGAGACCUGGCCAUGUUUCCGUGGUGAUAGUAGGAGGCACAGGUGACCUGGCGAAGAAGUACCUGUGGCAGGGCUUCUUCCAGCUGUACAUCAACCACGUUAGCAGUGGAAACACCUUUUCCUUCUACGCUGGAGGACUGUCACCUCCUGAAAAGGCCAACCCUGUCUUCUUUGAGAUCCUGAAGGCGGUGACGUGCCCGAAGGAUGUGUCACAGGAGCGCUGCGCUCUGCUGAAAGAGCAGUUCUUGAGGCUCUCUGCGUACCGGCAGCUGAAGACUCUGGAGGAGUACCAAGAUCUGUCCAAGCACAUUGAGCUGCAGCUUCGGCAGGAGGGACUAACUGAGGCAGGGAGGCUCUUCUAUCUCUCAGUGCCAGCGUUUGCUUAUGCAGACAUCGCUGAGAAGAUAAACAGCACUUGCAGGCCAACCAGUGGCGUAUGGUUGAGGGUGGUGUUAGAGAAACCUUUUGGGCAUGACUUCAGGAGUGCUCAGGUACUCGCAACUCAGCUGGGGGGCUCCUUGACGGAUGAAGAAAUGUACAGAAUUGAUCAUUACCUGGGAAAGCAGGUGGUGGCAAAGAUUCUUCCAUUCAGAACAGAGAACAAGAAGUUCCUGGAUCCUAUCUGGAACAAGCACCACAUUGAGAGAGUGGAGAUUGUAUUAAAAGAAACCCUGGAUGUGAAAGGUCGUAUUCCUUUCUACGACCAAUAUGGAGUGAUCAGAGAUGUGUUGCAGAACCACCUGACUGAAGUCAUGACCCUGUUGACCAUGAAGCUACCUGUGAAUCUGAGCAGCAGUAAGGAAGUCCUCCAAAACAAGCUGCAGAUCUUCAGCUCCCUGCUGCCUAUAGGGAAGAAUCAGGCUGUGAUCGGCCAGUACCAAGCGUACAAGGCACAGGUUCAGCAGGAGCUGAAUAUGACAAAAGAUCACAUCAGUAUCACACCAACAUUUGCAGCGGUAUUGGCACACAUCGAUGAGGCCCGGUACGAAGGAGUCCCAAUUCUUUUGAUCUCAGGGAAAAUGUUGUCUGAACGUGUCGGAUAUGCACGCAUUCUUUUCAAGAAUGACCUCUUUUGUCUCGAGAAUAAUAACAACGUUCACUGCAAGCCCAAACAGAUAGUGUUCCACUUUGGCCAUGGCAGCCUUCAAUACCCAGCAAUCCUUGUGAGUAAAAACUUAUUCAAGCCAGAUUUAAAAGACUCAGGGUGGAAGGAAGUGACAGAUCACAAAGACAUCAGUGUUUUAGGUUUGCCUAUUUCAGACUAUUAUGUGCAUACCCCAGCAGAUCAGAGAGAAGCUUAUUCAGAACUGAUUUCUCACAUUUUUGCCGGACGUAAAGACACUUUCAUUAGUACUGAAAACCUGCUGGCCUCCUGGGGUAUGUGGACACCUCUGCUCAACAGCAUUAGCAGGUCAUUUCCUCGCAUUUACCCUGGAGGAGUGGACAACGGAGAUCUACUGGAUGUCCUCCUGAAGGGGAAAGAGAUCAGCUACAACAGUGAGGUGGUGAUGAUCAGCAACAAUCCCAUGGCUGGCAUGUCUGCAAAUGAGUUCCAUGUGAUGCAGGGUAAAUUCCGCGGUUCUGAAAUGGUGUCUGCUUGGGCUGAAGGACUGGUGGAGAAGCUUGCGGCUGACCUGCAGGAAGCAGCAGAGGAAGCAGUGCGUGAGGGCGGUGUUUUUCACCUCGCCCUCUCCGGUGGCUCGUCUCCCCUCGCUCUGUUUAACCGGCUCUCCAUGCACCACUUCUCCUUCCCUUGGAGGGACACCCACGUGUGGAUGGUGGAUGAGCGCUGCGUGCCUAUUACUGAACUUGAAUCCAACUUCCGCAACCUGCAUGACCACCUUCUGCAGCAUGUGAGAAUUCCCUACUACAACAUCCAUCCUAUGCCUGUGCAUCUGAGUCAGCGUCUGUGUGUGGAGGAGGAUGGAGGAGCGGUGCAGUAUGAGAAAGACAUCAGGAAGUUGGUUAACGGAUCCAGCUUCCACUUUGUGCUGUUGGGAGUCGGCUAUGACGCACACACAGCCUCUCUGUUCCCUGGGAGUAAAAUAGACCCACACGGGGAGAGUCUGGUGGCCCUGACUGAGAGCCCCACCAAACCUCACCAGCGUAUGAGCCUCACUUACAGUGCCAUUAACCAAGCCCGCAGGGUGGCUCUGUUAGUGAUGGGCAAGAACAAACAUGAGAUGAUCACACAGCUGAGCCGAGUUAAGGAUAACCCAGAGAAAUGGCCCGUCACAGGAGUGAAGCCUUCUGAUGGCACACUGGUGUGGUAUUUAGAUUAUGAUGCACUUUUAGGGUAGAGGUUUUUUUGGGGAGCUGCUUUAAUUGAAAAACUAGUUUGUGGAAAAUAAUUUACCAGCACUACCAGGACUAGUUUUAUAUGAUUGAUGAAAAAUCACAUAUGCUGUGAAUAUAUUGUGUGUCAGACUGCCAUCAUGCAGUUGUUAAGAGCACUUCAUAAAAAUAAAAAGUCCAUUGAGGCUGUUCAGCACAUCAGGGGUAAUCUUAUUAUAGAAAUCUGUUUUUUAUGAGCAGAUUUCUAUUAAGCCAUCUUUCAAUACUCAGUCAAAGUGGGGUUUUUUCAACACAUGAAUUACACAACUUCAAAGUUAGGGUUCUGAAAAUGUGUUGCCAGAAAUGUGAAGCAUUGGGAAUUUGUAGUUUAUGGGUUAGAAAAAACUGAAAUAAUCUUACAGAAAGUUCAAAAUCAAGUGUGAGAGUGUGCAUAUUCAAACUUUUAUAUUUUAUCAAGGCCUAAGAAUGUGUGUGAUGAGUGACAACCUGGACAAAUACAUAUUCAAUGUACAUGUCAGCAUUUUACAGAGUGCACACCUUGUAGCACUUUAUGCAUAUCUGAUGUCUGAAACCAAUUUCAAUGACUGUUUUUUUUUUUUUACAAAUCAGCAUGUUUGUCUGAUCUCAGGUGAAUUUAGAAAUGUUUCUAUGCAGUGUACUGAUUUAUUUUCUAACUUCUUGACUGUACAUUUUCUACUGAGUGGUAGUGACCCACUUAAUAUUUAAUUCGUAAAAUAACACCAAAAUGUGACCGAUCCCAAAAGAGUCAUAUUUGUAUGCUAGUUUUUUUUUAAAUCAGGCAACUGUUACUGAAAUAUUUCUGAUAUAGAUGCUUCACUUAUGAGCAGCUCUGUCAGGAUUCACACACGUUCCACUUCCAAUAUUAAAUACCUCUGAUCUUAAGGUUGUUUUUGAGGACUCACAGCAGGGUGCUACAGAGCGAGCUUCAUCAGCCAUUUUGUGCCUGUUGUACCCACCAUGAUGAGCAUUAUUAGUAUCAUUGUCCUGCGUCAUGGUUUUGUUGUUGAGUAUUCAUUGACUUAAUCCAGCUAAAAGUUUAUUACGUACUGUAAUGUGGGCACACGUGACACUGACUUUUUGUUUGAACCCAGAAAUUCUGAUCAGCUUUGCUAUGUCUAUACUACUUUUCAAAAAUGCUGUGAUAUUUUUCAUAACCAUAUUUCAUCUUUUAUCUUUUUAUUCUUUUUAUAUCAAGUUUGGCUCAUAAAGGAUGAACAUUUCAACUUGGAUUGUGGUGAUUACAUAUUACCUGAAGACUCUGAUGUAUUAAAAAGCAGAUACAAGAUGACCUGUUGAGGGUUAUUUUUAAGAAAACAAUCUGCACUUUUUUGAUACAACAUAAACAUUCUGAUCUAGUCUAUAUGAAGCCCCUCCUCCUUUUUUAAUAUCCAUUAAAGUGACUUUACUUUUAAAAUGUCACAAAGAGUAUACAGAUUUGACAUCUAUAGUUGUAUGAGUAAAACCCUGAAUCUGCUGUGUAUUUAUUAGCAUAUGAAACAAAUGUAAAAUUGUCCAACAUCUAAUAAAAAUGAAACGGCUUUAACGAUGGAGACACAAA